AAAUUGUCUAUGGUGAUUUGUAAUUGGUAAAUCGCGAAGAGGACGGUGUCGGUCGGUGAGCUUUUUGGUUGAACAUUGAACAAAAAAUAACGUUUCCACGCAUUGCUCAAAUUAUUGAUGAUAAUUAAAUAUACAAGAAAUUAGGAAAUUAUCAAAUACAGACAAGAAUAUAACAUAUAACUCACGAUGGCAGUGAAUGUGUACUCUACCAAUGUCACUUCGGAAAAUCUAUCACGACAUGAUAUGUUAGCGUGGGUGAACGAUGCACUACAGUCAAAUUUCGCCAAAAUUGAAGAAUUAUGUACAGGAGCUGCAUAUUGUCAAUUUAUGGACAUGUUGUUCCCUGGUAGUGUACCAAUGAAGCGUAUUAAAUUUAAGACAAACUUGGAACAUGAAUAUAUACAGAACUUCAAAAUUUUACAGGCUGCAUUUAAAAAAAUGUCUGUGGACAAGAUAGUACCUAUUGACAGACUGGUGAAGGGUCGAUUCCAAGAUAACUUUGAGUUCUUGCAAUGGUUCAAGAAAUUUUAUGACGCAAACUACAGCGGCGUGCCGUAUGAUGCGAUGGCGCAGCGCGAGGGCCUGCCCAUGGGCCACGGCUCGGCGGGCGGGGUGCCCCGCUCAGCGCCCACCGUUAAGAAACCGGCCGCGCCCGUCGCUAAAGUCGCCGCUAGACCCCAAACCAUUGGGAAAGCUAACAGCACAGUGAGAUCUCCACCAGUUAAUUUAAGAUUGAAUCAAAAUGCGAAAGGAGAUUCUAAGAUUAUUGAAGAGCUUAACCUUCAGAUUAAUGAAUUGAAAGCAACCGUCGAAGGACUCGAGAAAGAGCGAGAUUUCUAUUUUGGUAAAUUGCGGGACAUAGAGGUUAUCUGUCAGGAAAUGGAAGAACAACACAAUGGUCCGAUCAUCCAAAAGAUUUUGGAUAUCUUAUAUGCAACUGAGGACGGAUUCGCGCCCCCAGAGGACGUGGACGGUGACAACCCCCACCCCCCGGAGGAGGAAGAGUAUUGAGACGUGACGCGUAUCAUAGUGCUCUUUGUAUAUUAUCUCGAAAUUAUAUCGCUUCAAUCAUCGACAGCAUCGAGUGCUUGGUAUUUCACAGCCAUUGUAUUUUAACCACUGUAAGGCCCUUCGCACACGGAUCAUGACAUACUAAAUAUAUUUCAUAGCAAUAUUGAUCAAUUGUGUAAUUCUAAUACUUACUCAGCGACAUAGAUGUAUAGAGCUCGAUCAAUGUGAAUCCUUUUUUAGAAUAUUGCACGUAAAAUAUAGUUUUUGAUGACAGAUUUAUAACUUUUUGAUAAGGGAUUAUGUCUCUGAAUCCUGUAAUUGAUUAUACAACCUAAUGUGUAAAUGUGUAUUGAGUUACGCAACUAACAAAGAUGAGAAAUAUCCAUUUUCUUAAAAAAGUUAUAAGUGAAGACAAAUGUAGAUCUGUUCAUAUCCUGUGCGAGGGAACUAAUUAUAUAAUGUUAUUUAAAGUAAAUAUGUAUAGGAAGUCAGUGGCCCGAAAAUGGCUUGCGAAGGUUCCUAAAUUAUAUAUACUUACACAAAUCUCUACCUACAAUUAUAUCUUUAGGUUCAUUUUGAAAUAUUUAUUAAUGUAUAAUAUUAUGUGGCUGUGUCAUACUUGAGUGCGGUACAUUUAUCAUAUCGGAGCAUAAUUUCUCGACUGAUUUCUUUUAAUCCCGUAUGUUUUACCAUUUGCCUUUUCUCGUAAUAUGUUUGGACUUAGAUGGUUGUUAUAUGUGCAAUGGUGCAAAAAGGAGUGUUCUAUGUAAUGUCUUGACUGGUUAUCAUUUUUGGGCCACUGGUGGCUGUUUAAACGUGCAUUUAAUAGGUUGUUAUGAUAUGGAAGAGAUUUAAUGUUAAUUGUUAUAAGAUCAGUUUGGCUGACGAAUUAUUGGUCCACAAGUAAUAAUUUUAAUUUUUUGAAGUAAAUUUCGGUGAAAUUUUGGUAAUAAUUUGUUUGACAUUAUGUGUAUGGGACUUGGGCGCGUCAUUUUGAUUAUUUUUUUUUUAUUAAAUAAAUUAUUACUUUUAUAACUUUAUAUAAUUAAUUAUUAAACAUAAAACUAAUUUCUAUGUCUAUGUCUCCAAUUGAAUCUAUUGAUAAACCGAAAAGUUUUUAUAAGUAAUGGUAUGCUUAAACCCAUACACAUCUUGACAUAAGUUGUAUUAUUUUGAAAAAAAGUGAUUUAUCUAGAUCUGAUUUCUUGUGUAAACGACGAUCACGAUAAACGUUCGGAAUGAGUAUUAAUUUUGAAAUUAUGAAAUAAAUAUCGAGAAUAGCGUUGAACAAUAACGUUAUGUAGGGCCUUAUUAUGUGACCACACAUAGGAUAAUCAAUUGUGAGACUUUACAUUUUAUUUGCACUUAGACUAACAAUAGUAAUACUUUAUUUAAUAAACAGGACACAGGACACUACAUUUUAAGUUAGUUUCUUAGCUAUGGAAACUAUUAGAUACAUACUAACGACAUGUCGGCGAAAACGUAUUCGCUAAAUAAACUGAAUAGAUUAAUUUAAAUAUAUACAACGUAAUAUAUGCAAAUUGCCUUACUGCAGAUAUUAAGCCACUGGAUUUUAAAUUGUAAAAAUCUUAUAAAUAAAAUAACUUCAUUUAA